CCGCAGACCAGCCAGUCAGCCAUGACGAUAAAAGUUAAUGAUUUUCAUAAAUGUCGUCGAGGUGACCAUGAAACACAAGAACAGAGGAUCUGAUAGUAACUGGCUCUACAAUGACGCAGUCCUUGUUUUGGGCCAACUCUAAUACUGGACAUCAUGGAAUGAGGGCCCUGACAAACAUGGACGUCUGAAGUCGCUCACAGUUUGGCCAAAUGUGGGUCAGAAUGUGGACACCAUGUCAUUUCUAGGGCCAAAUUGGACGACAAGUCCUUAGAAAUCAAUGUGAAAGGCAUGUGAAUCCACACACUCUUUUCCAUUCUACCACAGCAAACAUAAACAUAAACAUGUGAAAAAAUUACGUUGCAUCUAUUGUAACGUACAGUGGAGGAGCUGUGAUGCUGUGGGUCUUAGUCUCUUAAAGGCACAAGAAACCUGAGAGUCAGGGCCAUUAUGACUAUUUGAAAUACCAGGACACUUUAAAUAAAAAUUUACACUCUAAUAGCUAACUGUAAAAAAUUUUUUUAAAUAAAUGCUAGAAUGGGAACAUUUCAAAUCGCUCACAUAUUUACCCCAGGACUCCCACAGACUGCCGGAAACCCUGCACCUAGUCAUUUAGUCAUUGUUUGCAACAGCUUUGUUUUCUCAGGUUCUUUUGAACGUGUUUUCAUUCGAGGUGAGCCUGAAAGGCACAGCCUGAGCCCCGUUUAUCCUCUGGCCUGUGCUGCAACUGGUAUUUACCGUCUGCCACAAAAUGGCGACAUAAAAAAAUAAAAUAAAAUAAAAAAUCUGUCCUUUUUUGUUUCUUCUUCUGGAACAGCUGCACAUCUUUUCCAUCGGUGGGGGGGGGGGGGGGAGUGUGAUACACGUUUCCCCAACCAAUCACAACAAGGGACACAUCUAUAAACCGACUUUAAGUAUAAGGAUUGUAUGGAAGAAAAGGAACAGACGGACAGACAGACAGGGGAAGGGAGCUGACUGAGACCUGAAACUGCAGAUAGAAGGAAAGGAGCUGAAAAUGAAAACGUUCAUCGUUCUGGUUCUCUGCUCCCUGGCAGUCUACAUGACUUCAGAUGCUGCCCCUGACCCCCAGCCUGCUGCAGAUGCCCCGGCUCUGGAGGAAGGACUGUUUGUGGAGAAGGACGAGGCCUCCGCCGUGGUGAGGCAGAAGAGAGCUGCUGCAGAGCUGUCCCUGGCUCAGCUGGAGAGUCUGAAGGAAGUGUGUGAGGCCAACAUGGCUUGUGAACACAUGAUGGACACCAACGGGAUCAUCGCUGCCUACACCGCCUACUACGGACCAAUCCCCUAUUAGAAGCAACGAUCUGACUGCUCAGCAAAACGGUCCACAUCUCGUGUUUAAGCUGUUUUCUUUCUUCAUUUUUAUUUUUUUUUUGUGGGUGGACUCAGUGGUGCUAAAUGUGUGAUAAUGGAAUAAGCUUGCAAAGAUUGAAUUGCUUUCUGCCUGUAGAUUAGUGUGAUAAAAUAAAAAAAAGAUUCUUUAA